AUGGAACCGGACUUGUGCCGUGGCUUAUUGAACACCGUCCACAAGUUGGCACACUAUAAAACUUGUGCCUGGACACUCGUGAAGCUUUCGAGGAGGUAUUUGAUACUUGGACAUACCUCUACUAUCACAGUCAGACUUGAUGACACGGCAUUUGGGAAGCCACCAGCAGAAACUAAGGAAUUUAAGUUGGAAAAGCAUUUGAAGAAGCUCAAAGACGAGUACAACACCAAUUGGGACUUGGACAACUUCACCCAGAGACUGGCCACGAAUACGGAGAACUUCCGGAAGGAAUUUUUGAGAGUGACGAAUGACCCAAAGAUCCACGCUGAAAUUCAACUUAUGUGGUACCUAGAGUGUCAUCCAAGCUCGAAGCCUCCACGAGUUAUCGCCUCCAACAAAGACGCGUGUUUCCUAUGCAACGCCUUCAUAUCGUUCCAUGGGAAGUAUAUGAUACCCAAGACACAUGGGAGAAUCUAUCCUGGAUGGAGGUUGCCAUCGACUGGGCUCAAUGAGACCAGGAGACUGUUUGCCAAGGAACUUGAACGCAUUGCUGUGGGAAAAGUCAACGUGGUGAGUCAACAGGGGUUUAAGAAGAGCAUCGAUCCUUUGGAGAGCACAAUAUCGUUGGCCGCUAUUUCUGCAGCCUCCCUGAACAAAUCUAGGGAAACGGCAGAUAUCCAACCAACGAUGACGCUUCCCAAUACUGGGAUCAACAGCGGCGCUUUAGCUAUAAUAGACGAGAGAGGGCCUGCGGUAUGUCUGGUGCAACCAAAGAAACCAGGACAAUCCAAAGCUGGAAUCAAGACAAAGCAAAAGCACUUGAACGUUGAGAGCACUGAAAUCUCCUUAAUGCUGAAGAACUCUCCUAUAGAUUCACAGGAGGCCAUGGCUCUGGCGGAAGAUUCAGCCAACGAAACGAAAAGAAUCCAAGAACAAGCCCCUAUUUCAGUUGGAGGGCCAAAUGAUGUCGCGUCCGAGGAGACUGAGUACCAGCUGAACAAAACCACAAGUCCAGAAACAUAUCAAACACACCCAUCGAGCACUUCUCUUCAAGAUUCGAAGCAUUCCGAAAACAAGAAAAGCGAUGAUCGAGUGGCAUGGGAACUAGUAAAGAAGGAUUCAACAAAAAGAAUUAAGCUCAACUCUUUCAACCUUUACAUCGAGUACACAUCGUCAGAUCCAAACACAUGGAAAGUUCUCAAAAUCAAGACGAAAAGACUGUCAGUCGAUGAAGCAGAAGCAGUUGCAGAUGGGAAAGAUCAUGUUUAUGAUUUGGAUAGUCUUUCAACACUCGGUUGCGACCUUGGAAAUUGUCAACAGUUCACGAUGAAGGCGAAAGGGGAAGUUUAUGUCGUAGAUCUUGGUGCUUUUGCUCGACAUGUCAUGCUGUUCAUUAAUAAGUGA